GAAAAGAGGAGGAAGCAGCAAGGAUGGCGGAGUCACACCUCUGAAGCAAAUCCUUGAGGGAUUAAAAAACCCUGAUGACCUUUGCAGCCUGAGGGAACUUGUGCCCAAAGGUCCUGGGAUUGUAUGCAGCCUUGUCACUUAAGCAUGUGGCCCAUGGAUGCCACAAUCCAGUUGCUUCAAAGGAUUUUUUCUCACAUGGCAUUUUAACAAAGGAACAAAGUAUCAAAAGUUUCCAAAAAACCUUUGGAUUACACGAUCUUUAUUUCAAGGAUAAUCAUUAAUGUGUGGGUCUGCACAGGGAUGUUUUCUUUAAAAGCCUUCUUGGCUGUCUGUGUCCCUUUUUUCCCCAAACCAUAAGUAACCUGACAAGAGAGACUCUCAUGAGCAACUCUGCAGGAGGCCCGAUAACGUCGUCAUGAGUAGUACUUUAGGCAAAGAAAAAGAUUCAAAAGAAAAGGACCCAAAAGGUGGUCCAGCGGGGAAAGAAAGGGAAAAAGAGGCCAAAGCUCUGGCCAGCUUAGUCAAGGAUGGUGGCAAAGAAACGAAGACCAAAGGGAAAGAUGCCAAAGAAGGAAAGAAGGACACUAGCAGCUCAACACCGGGAGUUGCCUUCUCUGUCGACAAUACGAUAAAGCGGCCAAACCCAGCACCAGGUACGCGCAAGAAGUCCAGCAAUGCCGAGGUGGUCAAAGAGCUUAAUAAGUGCCGGGAGGAGAACUCAAUGAGAUUGGACCUAUCUAAACGGUCCAUUCACAUGCUGCCGACCUCAAUUAAGGAGUUGACGCAGCUGGCUGAACUCUACUUAUAUAGCAACAAGCUGCAGAGCCUGCCGGCUGAGGUGGGUUGCCUAUCAGGCCUGGUCACUUUGGCCCUGAGUGAGAACUCCCUGACCAGCUUGCCUGACUCCCUGGACUCCCUUAAGAAGCUUCGAAUGCUCGACCUCCGGCACAACAAGCUGCGAGAGAUACCGGCUGUUGUUUACCGGCUGACCUCUCUGACCACGCUGUACCUGCGCUUCAACCGUAUCACAACGGUGGAGAAGGACAUUCGAAACCUUUCCAAGCUCACAAUGCUCAGCAUCCGGGAGAACAAGAUUAAGCAGCUGCCUGCAGAGAUAGGGGAACUUUGCAACCUCAUUACUCUGGAUGUUGCCCAUAAUCAGUUGGAACACCUACCGAAGGAAAUUGGGAAUUGCACACAGAUAACCAACCUCGACUUGCAGCACAAUGAGCUCUUGGACCUCCCAGAGACUAUAGGCAAUCUAGCCAGCAUAAAUCGCUUAGGUCUGAGAUACAAUAGAUUGUCGGCCAUCCCCAGAUCAUUAGCCAAAUGUCGAGAACUGGAGGAGCUAAACCUUGAAAACAACAAUAUUUCAGUGUUGCCAGAGGGCCUCCUGUCAAGUUUGGUCAACCUGACCAGUCUGACACUGGCGAGGAACUGCUUCCAGUCGUACCCUGUGGGUGGACCAUCCCAGUUCUCCACCAUCUACUCCCUCAACAUGGAGCACAACCGCAUCAACAAGAUCCCGUUUGGUAUCUUCUCUCGGGCCAAAGUGUUAAGCAAGCUUAACAUGAAGGACAACCAGUUAACGUCUCUGCCAUUGGACUUUGGCACAUGGACCAGCAUGGUUGAGCUAAACCUAGCCACCAAUCAGCUGACUAAGAUCCCAGAGGAUGUCUGUGGUCUAGUUUCUCUUGAGGUGUUAAUAUUGUCCAAUAAUCUUCUCAAGAAGUUACCACAUGGUAUUGGGAAUUUGAGAAAGCUACGGGAGCUCGACUUGGAGGAAAACAAGUUGGAAUCUCUACCUAAUGAAAUUGCUUAUCUUAAAGAUUUACAGAAAUUGGUGCUGACAAAUAAUCAGCUCACUACAUUACCCAGAGGCAUAGGCCACCUCACCAACCUCACUCAUCUGGGUUUGGGGGAGAACCUGCUGCAACACCUUCCUGAGGAGAUUGGUACACUGGAGAACUUGGAGGAACUGUACCUCAAUGACAACCCCAACCUGCACAGCCUCCCGUUCGAGCUGGCCCUCUGCAGCAAGUUGUCCAUCAUGAGCAUUGAGAACUGUCCCCUCAGCCACCUGCCGCCCCAGAUUGUCGCGGGAGGUCCCUCCUUCAUCAUCCAGUUCCUCAAGAUGCAGGGACCAUACCGUGCCAUGGUCUGAGCCGAGAGCAGCUCAAAUCCCAGUCCUACUUUACUCUAAACCCUCCACUUGCUCUGCACCCUCUCGCCUGCCCGCCCCCAUUAUGCGUAUCAUACACUGUAACGAAAAAACAGACUCGCUACAAUCAGUGUCGGUGGGAGGGGGGGACAAGAAGAGGAGGAGGGAAGAAAAGGAAAAUGUUUCUUUCACCAUCCCUGGGCAGAAAGAAGGCGAAUCUUUGGAGACUUGACUUCUGUGUUACUCCAGAGUUUAUUAUGGUCAUUUUAGGACCCCGCCCCCCGCUCACCUUUCAUUCCAAAUCAUUUAAGAGGAAAAUAUUUCCAUCUCUUUGCCAAAACUGAAGAUAUAUAAAGUUAUAUAUAUUGAGUAACUGUGAGCUGAGUGGCAAGUCUUUUAACCAUACUAAACCAUGCUCCCAUUGCCAAUGUAUUUACAGUAAUUACAAGCAUCUAUUAUGUGAGCAAGGAUACAAUUGUAUGCAAAAACAAACAAAAAAAGUCUUUGGAACUUCACAUUUAUUGCUGCUGCCGUAAUUUAACUUUGUCAUCUUGUUGUUAUUUUUUUCUUUUGAUAUUCCCUUUUUUUUUUUUUUUUUUUUUUUUUUUUAAACAUAAUCUUCACUAGAGAACUUGUUCAUUGCUCCUUGACCACAGAGAACAAAGGUCACAUGAUGGCAUAUUUGUAAUUUCUUAAUUGUAUUUUUUUUUUUUUUUACCUUUUCAUGUUUUUUUAAAAAUGUGCCUAUGUUUAGAGUGAUCCAGUGGUUCAUUUCUAAACACAAUUGUCCACAAGAAUACAAAGAUAUAAUUUAUUUCAGUAAUUAUUUUUUGUAUUACUGCUGUUUUUCCUUUUUAUUGGUGUACUUUUUGCCGACAAAUUAAUCUGUUUAGCGAGUGAUAUCAGUUAUACAAAUAGGAUGAUUGGAUUUUUUUUUUUUUUUUUUAAACAAAUAGCAGCAGCAGUUGUUAAACGUAAAGCUAGUAAUCUAUACAUAUGAGAAAUGCCAAUCAUACAUGUUUGAAAAAAAAAAGAGCAAGUUGGACUUUUCUCCAAAAUGGGCGGCGCUGUGACCCGCCACCCCCAGUCUAUACUGCUUUUGUGACAAAAGGGUAUUGAAAAAAGUCAAAGAUACAUAGGUGAUGGGAUAAAUGAUAGCUGUUUUUGUAUAUGUACACAAAUCCUGGUUGUUGCCUUGAGUGCAAUUUUUAGUUAUGUUUACUUGUUUGAUAUCUUCAGUGUUGGGCUGCAUAACUGUCAUCUAGUCGAUCAUUGACCAACAUAUCAAUCGUUUUCAAAAGACUUAUCUCGGUCUCUGCAGCGAGUGUAUCAGAGCUACAAAAGGUUUGAUAAUAAAACAUUGACAGGUAAUCCCUUCUUGACACUUCCUUUUUUUUUUUUGUUAAUAUACUUUUUUUCUGUAGUUUUUUUGGCAGGGUAUCCUGAGAAUCUUAAUUACAUGAUGGAAAAUGAUCCCUUGAUUUUAGAUUUGUAAUUUAAUUCUUUUUUCUUUUUUUUUGGUUUCUUUUUUUUGUCCCACACUGUCCCAGCUAUGCUGCUGCUCUUAUGCACUUUUUUUUUUUAAAGACAUUGGCAUCCUCUAUUAUGAAAAAAAACACAGUAGCCUCUCAUUGGUUAUUUUUAAUGGGGGCAUUUUGUUUCAUAAAGAAGUAUUUUAUCUGUUAAACGAACCGUUUAUCAUGUAAAUUUGUAUCAAUUAAAUAUAAAUGUAGACUUUAGCAGGCUCAGAAUAGUAACUUUCUUUGGGGAAGUUUUAUCCUGUCAAUCUUAAAAAGGAACUCGCUCCCUCAAACUGUAAAAGGGUCUGUGUGGCUAUGAGGUGUUUUGAGAUUCCCAUAUCCUGCUUUCUCCAUUGCAAGUGAAAUGGCUUAUUGCAGUCCAGAUCAGCAUUGUUUAUUUUAAAUCAUUAAAUCACUGUUUUCUUUUUUUUCCUAAAUGAUGAAGUGUGUAUUCACUUAGUAUUAUUUCAAGUGACUGUACAUUAAAAAUCCCAACAAAGGUAAUCAAACUUUCCCUCCCCCCCCUUUUUGAAAGUGUGUUGCAUCCCAGCUCAAUAUUCAAUCAUGAUUCUGUUUUAUAUUGAAAUGUGUGGGUCUACUUUCUUUGCAGCAGCUCGGUGUGUUUCUUUGUGGGCUGCGGCACAGAAGUGAUGGGGGCGCCGCAGCUCACCUCCAGGUCGGGGUCAGGGGAACAAUGUACCGCUGCUUCUGAUUUACCAGCAGAACCUGUUGCUGCUUUUUCGUGGACUGAAACAUAUGCUGUACAAAACAGGAGGGGGAGGGGAGGGCAGGAGGAAGCGGGUAACGAUCCACUCCCAACACCGAUAACAGACUUCACUAAAAAAAAAAAAAAACCUGACGAGGGACAAAUCCACUGACCUUUUUUGAUUUGGGGUCAGGCCUGGUGGUUUUCACAUAGAUCAAAUCGUUUGGACACAACGAUGAGACAACACAACAAGGUGCAUAUUUGAGCUUAACGCAGUUACAGUACAAGACUGUCGAAAAAAAAGACACACAAAAAAAAUUGUAAAAAGGGCUUUCUGUGUUCACGCUCAACAACACACCGGAGGCAUUGCAUUCCUGGGUUUUAUAUAAAAGCUUUGGAAGUUUCUUUUUUGUGUGUAUUUACUUUUAGCUGUAAACAAUUGUGUGAAAAAUGCCUUCAACGAGUACUCAAAAGUGAGAUGUGCAUUAGGUAUGCAGCAAGAGUGCUGUGACCCAUUUUUACAUUCAGUCUCUGGUUUUACUUUUUUUUUCCAUGUGCCAUUUUGAGAGGUUGAGAUCGCCAUGUGUAUAAAGACGCAGAGAGGAGGUGGGAGGUGGGCAGAAACUGAAAAUUGGCUUUAUUGACCAGAAAGCAUUUAUUAGAUCCUGGAAUGUAGUUUAAAUGUGCUAUAGAUGAAGAGGAGGAAGAGACCAUCGACUGGCCCCGUUCAGUUGGAGAUGUGACCAGUUAUUGGAUUAAAAAGUGAUGACGACGUAUUGCAUACUGGUGCAUCCAAACUAAGUGGAGUAUAAUUGGUGUUUAUUUUUCUAUUGUCUGUGAUUUUAGGCCAUGGAGAGCAUCGCAGAAUCAAAGUCAUUUCGCUCCUUUUGCUUUUACUUUCCUGGAUCAUACAACUUGUCUUUUUUUUUUCUUGCCUGGUUUUUUGUACAGGAAAACAAGCAUGUUGAAAACAUAUUUGACAUGAUUUUUCUGGGUCAGAAUCGUGCGUUUUUGCAUAGAGGACUUCGAUUUAGUGGCUAUUUGGUGUAUCUGCAAAAGCUCCCUUUUUGUAUAUUGCAAAGGGUAUCAAAGCAUUCUGUGGCAAUGCUUAUCCUACUUAAUCUACAUUGACAAGCAGCCUUAAUGGUCUUUUUUUUUUUAAAAUGUGUUUGUUUGGCUAUUCCUUAUGUCAAUGGCCACUGACUGUACUUGACAAGCAACUGGUCGUUACAAUGUAAAUUUGGGUCUAGUUUCUUUCUGUCUUUUUUUCCCUUUUACUCUGUACAGUAAUCUGACGUUACGGUAGACUCAGUAUUACAGAUCUGUAAUGUGACAAGAAUUUGACAAAAAAAAGACGGAAGAUUGCAAUGGAAGAUGAUGCCAUUAUAUGCUACCAAGUGGAUGUGCAUCAGCCGGCGUCUCACUUGUCUUUGGCAUUAAAGGGGAAUGUCACCAAAACUGACUUGCAUUGUUAUUCUGAACAGAAACUAAUAGAUUAUUUUUUAAAUUAUUAUUAUGUUUAGACAUAAAUUAUCUGUUGAGUUUCAAAGAUCAGGGGAAACUAAAUGACAUGCUUGUUGAAAGUUAAUUUAACCUUUAAGAGACAUUUUUAACAACAUUCAUAUCAAGCAUCUGUAGUUAUUUACAAGGAAAGAAAUACUCUUUUCAGAAACAAAUUAGUUAUUUUUUAAAAGUUAGAUAUUCAGUCACAUGUUUCUCAUCUUGAGAGCACAUAACCACAUAAAUUUCCACUUUUUGUAGUCAGUUUUGGUAGAAUGGCCCUUUAAUGCAAAGCCGUCAGCUGUUUUCCACUGCGUACCUACCUGACACCCUGAAUCCCACCCACACACAGACACACACACACAAACAAAAUCUCCUGCUCACACACCCUUCUAUUGUAUCCCCAUACAUUUACUUGACUGCCUUACAUGCACCAAACAAGACCUUGAUGACCAUUUGAUUAAAUCAAUGACAGAUAAUCAAUUUUCUUUUUCUUUUUGUUCUUUUAAUGUCAGCAAAGGGAUCGGGGUAUACAGAUUUAACAGAUGUUGAGAGUAAAGUUUUUGGGUCAGUUGUCUCUUGACUAGAUGAGCAGAUGCAGACGUGACUACCUCUAUGUGAGUCUUCAUUGCUAACCACAGCGACCAAGAUCCAGUUGGAGGUGUUUCUACCUGUGUACAUACAAAGCUGCGCGUUCGCAGCAGGAACUUGGAUUUGGACCAGCAAUUCAACGGCAACUUGUUUUACUAAGCAUCUUUCUGUUGUUUUAUUUUGGAUAUAUGCCUUUACUAAGUAUUAUUUGGCUAAUGAAAAAGAGGAAAAAUACACCGAUUUGUGUGCUUGGUUGUAAAUGACAAACUUAAUCAAUGCCGCCCCAUUGUAAGACAGUUAUCCUGAAACCAACUAGUUGCAGAGUGCCACUUUGCAAAUGGGUGAAAAUGACUAUGUUUGGUGAUGUUCUGUAUGUACAUACAUCUUUUUAACUGUAAU